AUGACUCUGAAUAACGAAGAGUGGGUGAAAAUACGCGACGGGUUGGCGAAGAAGGGUUUUAGCCGGACGGCGGGGGCCUGUCAGCAACGACUCGUGCGGGAGAUCGAGCUCGAUCGGGAGGGUAGAAGCCUGGUCAGCGGGUCUGAACUUUUGCAGAAAGUCAAAAAGCUGAAGUAUGCCGUCCUUGCCCGGUGGGAAGAAUCGACGGGUCGCGCGCGAGGUGCCGAGGGGUGGAAGGUCAGCGGCUACUUCGGAGAAGAGACCGCAGCCCGGUACCUCCACGUUUCAACUGAGUCCGUGGGCACCGCCAGCUACUCUGUCCGCGGCUCCUCCGGAGAUAAGGCCAUUCGGUGCGGCUACUCCGGAGACGAGACAGCAGGCCGGUACCUCUACGUUGCAACUGAAUCCGUGGGCGCCGCCAGCUACUCCAUCCGUGGCUCCCCCAGAGACAGGAUCAUCCGUUGCUGGUUCCAAACUGCAGGCCAGUUCCUCCACGUUCGACCAAAAUCCACGGUUAUCUGGGCGCCUCUGCCCGGUAUAGGAACGUGGAGCGGCAUGCAAAAUCCGGUGAAGGGUAAAGCACCAGCGGUGAACAGACCGUUCCAUGAUGGUUACAAACGCCAGGACCGUCCUUCCACUUCCGACCGAAAGCCAUACGAAAAGCCGGCUCCUCCAUCCGCCGCGAAUCGCUCCGAAGCCAUUAUCCCACCGACAGUGCCGCCUCCCGCUUUGUUGGCGCCUCUCAACUUACCUUCUCCUCGCCGUGGAUCGCAGGGGUCUCCGGCGGAUCUCGAAAUGUGGAGCGCCGCGCAGCGGCGGUUGCUGGCUGGAGAGACUGCGGCUACGCAUGCGACGAGACCAUCAGUCCACCCAAGGACAAUUGCCAAGCAGCCGUACCGUCGGCUCUUCCAUCUCCGGCAGCUUCGGAGGGGAGACUAUCUGGAGAAGGGGGUGAGGUGGGAAGGAAUGGAAGGGAAGGAAAACACGAAGGAGAAAGCGGAGGAGGACAAGAAGCAGCACGUGACGGAGGACAAGAAGGAGUACACGAAGGAGGACACGAAGGGGAAAGCGAAGGAGGAAGCGAAGGUGGACAAGCAGAAAUGCCGGAAGCAGGACAAGCAGGAGGACGUGUACAAUACCUACAGGCGUUAGUUUUUUGUCAGAAUAUGGGACGUCCGGAGAUGACGAUGUCUCCAGCGUAAAGG